AUGAAGACUUUCACAAACAACUUGAAUGUCAAGGUUUCUCCUCCACCUGUUAUAUUAUCUCUAUUGAAAAAGCACUACCUAACUACUGCAGGAUCCAAUGGCUUCAAAAAAGAACCUGAGGUUUUGGAAAGAAAUUGUGGCAUAAUGAAAGAGAAAUUGGAGCAAUUUGUGAAACAAACCACAAUGCUUACCCCAGAUAAUUUUCUAAGCUUUUUAAGUUCACCAAUGAAGAAAUUGGAAAAAUUGACAAAGAAACAGUGGACCAAAGGAAGUGCAAAUCAUGGUUCAUCGCCAAGAAAGGGUUUAUUAGUGCAUCCAAGUGUAAAAGUAUUGUGA